AUGGUGAUGGAUUCUCCGGCUUAUUCCUGUUCUCCUUCCACUUCCACAAGGGCCCCUCCUAUCAAGGUUUCCAACUUCUUGGGCAAUCGAUUUUUGGUCUCUAAGAGAUGCAAUCUGGUGCGGCGAACCUCAUCGCGUUCUCUUCGAUCUGGUUUGGCUAAAGUUCCGUGGCAGCCCUUUGUGAAGGCUGUUGCUACCCAAGAUUCCGCUGUGGAAUUGCCGCUGACUGCAGAACAUGUUGACAGCAUAUUGGAUGAGAUUCGACCUUAUCUCAUAGCAGAUGGAGGUAAUGUUGCAUUACAUGAAAUUGAUGGAAAUGUUGUAAAGGUAAAGCUACAAGGAGCAUGUGGCUCCUGUCCAAGUUCUGUAAUGACGAUGAAAAUGGGCAUUGAGCGCCGCCUGAUGGAAAAGAUCCCUGAAAUUGUUGCCGUUGAAUCAAUAUCAGAUGAAGAAACUGGUCUUGAGCUGAAUGAAGAAAACAUUGAAAUGGUACUUGAAGAACUAAGACCUUACCUUGUUGGGGCAGCUGGUGGAACUUUAGAGCUUGUGACAAUUGAGGAGCCAAUAGUGAAAGUUCGGAUAUCAGGUCCUGCAGCAGGUGUGAUGACUGUUCGAAUAGCAGUGACUCAGAAACUGCGAGAGAAAAUCCCAGCAAUUGCUGCAGUUCAACUCUUGUCAUAA